AUGGAACGUAAUGUUUCAUAUGUGAUCUGGCUCAGUAAUAUGGCAACGUACGAGGAGUUCAUUCAGCAAAAUGAGGAUAGAGAUGGAAUACGAUUUACUUGGAACGUGUGGCCAUCUAGUAGAAUUGAGGCUACAAGGCUAGUUGUUCCCUUAGUUUCCCUAUAUCAACCAUUAAAAGAACGACCUGAUCUGCCUCCAAUUCAAUAUGAACCAGUAUUAUGCACACGUAAUACCUGUCGCGCUGUAUUGAAUCCUAUGUGUCAAGUUGAUUACAGAGCGAAAUUAUGGGUGUGCAACUUCUGCUUUCAAAGAAAUCCAUUCCCUCCACAAUAUGCAGCAAUAUCAGAACAACAUCAGCCAGCUGAAUUGAUACCUAACUUUUCUACUAUAGAGUACACCAUAACAAGAGCCCAAAGUAUGCCCCCUAUAUUCUUAUUAGUGGUGGACACUUGCCUUGAUGAAGAAGAAUUAGGCGCUCUUAAAGAUUCUCUACAAACUUCCCUUAGUUUAAUGCCACAGAAUGCUCUUGUUGGACUUAUUACAUUUGGACGAAUGGUACAAAUUCAUGAACUGGGUACUGAAGGUCUAUACAAGUGUUUUGUUUUCAAAGGGACCAAAGAUUUAACAGCAAAACAAAUUCAAGAGCAAUUAGCAAUUGGCCGUGUUAAUGCACCAAACCCUCAACAAAGACAAGGUGCUCCAGCUCCACAACCACCUGCUCAUCGCUUCUUACAACCAGUGAAGCAAUGUGAUAUGGCUCUAACUGAUUUAUUAAGUGAAUUAGGUAGAGAUCCAUGGCCACUAGGUGUAGGAAAGCGCCCAUUGAGAAGCAGUGGUGUUGCACUAUCAUUAGCUGUAGGAUUAUUAGAAGUAACUUAUCCAAAUACUGGGGCAAGGAUCAUGAUGUUCCUUGGUGGACCUUGCUCUCAAGGUCCAGGUCAAGUUGUCAAUGAUGAAUUAAAGCAGCCUAUCAGGUCCCAUCAUGACAUUCAUAAAGAUAAUGCAAAGUAUAUGAAGAAGGGUAUCAAACACUAUGAAGCCCUAUCACUGAGAGCUGCCACAAAUGGGCAUGCUAUUGAUAUAUACUCGUGUGCUUUGGAUCAAACAGGCUUGAUGGAGAUGAAACAGUGCUGCAAUUCAACUGGAGGUCACAUGGUAAUGGGUGAUUCCUUCAACUCUUCAUUAUUUAAACAAACUUUCCAAAGAGUGUUUGCAAAAGAUCAAAACGGGGAUUACAAAAUGGCUUUUAAUGGAACUCUGGAAGUUAAAUGUAGCCGAGAACUUAAAGUCACUGGUGCUAUAGGCUCAUGUGUGUCUCUGAAUGUAAAGGGUCCAUGUGUGUCAGACCAAGAGGUGGGCAUGGGCAACACUUGCCAAUGGAAAAUGUGUACUUUCACACCAAGCACUACCAUGGCUAUCUUCUUUGAGGUGGUCAAUCAACAUGCAGCACCGGUACCGCAAGGUGGGCGUGGAUGUGUCCAGUUGAUUACACAGUACCAACAUUCUAGUGGACAACGACGUGUACGCGUUACCACUGCCGCAAGAAACUGGGGCGACGCGGCGGUAAACCUGCACCACAUCUCGGCGGGCUUCGACCAGGAGGCGGCGGCGGUGGUGAUGGCGCGCCUGGUGGUGUACCGCGCGGAGCAGGAGGACGGGCCCGACGUGCUGCGCUGGCUGGACCGCAUGCUCAUUAGAUUGUGCCAGAAAUUCGGCGAAUAUGCUAAAGAUGAUCCAAACAGCUUCCGUCUCUCGGAGAAUUUCAGUUUAUAUCCACAGUUCAUGUACCACUUGAGACGUUCGCAAUUCUUGCAAGUAUUUAACAAUUCGCCUGAUGAGACGACAUUCUACAGGCAUAUGUUAAUGCGCGAGGACCUGACGCAGUCCCUCAUCAUGAUUCAGCCGAUCCUGUACUCGUACAGCUUCGGCGGCCCGCCCGAGCCCGUGCUACUGGACACCUCUUCCAUACAACCGGACAGGAUACUACUCAUGGACACCUUCUUCCAAAUAUUGAUAUACCAUGGCGAGACAAUAGCCCAAUGGCGUGCCCUCCGCUACCAAGACAUGCCGGAAUACGAGAGCUUCGCGCAGCUGCUGCGCGCGCCCGUCGACGACGCGCAGGAGAUCCUGCAGAGCCGCUUCCCGGUGCCGCGGUACAUCGACACCGAGCAUGGCGGCUCACAGUUUGCUGUACAAUCAUAUUACAUAACUCCUGUAACUAUUGAA